CUGAACUAAUGACAGCCUUCAGGUGUGGAGAGGGAGAUCAGGAGACAGUCACAAGUACCUGAUGUGUUUUUUAAUUAAAAAAAAAACAUGAGGAACCUGUAAAUUGAAAAUUCUCGUGAUCUGUGCGAUUGUUACCUCGACUUCCAGAUCGAUUGUCUCCAUGAUAUCCGAGAACUCCUGGUAGAACAAUGGAACCUCUGGGUCUGCAAAAUCCACAACAGCAGAAUCCACCUCCUGGGAAUAGUGGAGAUAACGCUGAUAAUGUUGGAAGCUGUCUGUUGCUCCGUUAUGCGAGUCAAAAUUCACUGGACGAGAGCUCGCAAAAACACAUCCCCAGGGAAAGUGGCAAGGACAAACCGCCAUACAGAAAUCAUCAUCACACGAAUCGCGCAUUCGACGUAAUAAAUGCAAUGAGAAAACAAAAUUUAUUAUGCGACGUGAUAUUGGAGGCCGAUGGUGGUGUGGACGUGCCAGCCCACAAAAUGGUCCUUGCAGCGUGCAGUCCCUAUUUCUACGCAAUGUUCACAAGUUUUGAGGAACGCGAUCAGCGACGGAUAAAACUCCAAGGUGUCGAUCAUGCGGCCUUGGAAUUACUAGUUGAUUAUGUAUACACAGCUGAGGUGCACGUCACCGAGGAGAAUGUACAGGUGUUGCUUCCAGCAGCAAAUCUACUCCAGCUGACUGACGUGAGGGAUGCAUGCUGUGAUUUUCUCCAGGCCCAACUGCAUCCAUCAAAUUGUCUCGGGAUUCGAGCUUUUGCUGAUCUUCACGGAUGUCUGGAGCUUUUAGCACACGCCGACAGCUACAUAGAGCAACAUUUUUCUGAAGUGGUGGAAGGCGAAGAAUUCCUGACUCUAGCCCCCCAGCAAGUGGCAAAAUUAAUCUGCAGCGAUCGACUGACAGUGCCAUCAGAGGAGAAAGUAUUCGAAUGCGUGAUAUCCUGGGUUCACUCUGACAUGGAGACACGUCAGAGUCACUUGGCCCAACUCAUGGAACACGUGAGACUCCCACUCCUCUCCCAGGAGUACCUGGUGCAGCGGGUAGAGGAGGAGCCACUCCUCAAGGCGAAUUUGCAAUGCAAAGAUUUUUUAAUUGAGGCACUGAAGUACCAUUUGCUCAAGGGCGAGCAGAAGUCUCUGUUCAAAACCCCCAGGACUAAACCCCGACAACCCAGGGGAUUGCCCAAGGUCCUGCUUGUCGUCGGUGGACAGGCACCAAAAGCCAUCAGAAGCGUCGAGUGCUAUGAUUUCAAGGAGGAGAAGUGGUACCAAGUCGCUGAUUUACCAACUCGCAGGUGUCGUGCUGGAUUGUCAGUCCUGGCAGGUCGUGUUUACGCAGUGGGAGGCUUUAACGGUUCCCUCCGGGUGCGUACAGUGGACGUGUACGACGGUGGUGCAGAUCAGUGGUCAGCAUGUGCAGGUAUGGAAGCAAGACGCUCAACCCUGGGUGUAGCAGUCCUGGGUAAUUGCAUCUACGCAGUGGGUGGUUUUGAUGGCACAAGUGGGUUAAAUUCAGCCGAAGUGUACGACCCGAGGACUCACGAGUGGCGAAUGAUCUCACCAAUGCUCACACGAAGAAGCUCAGUGGGUGUUGGUGUGGUGAAGGGAUUGCUGUAUGCCGUUGGUGGUUACGAUGGUAUCUCACGUCAAUGUUUGACAAGUGUCGAGUGUUACAAUCCAGAGAAAGACAAAUGGAAGCCAGUUGCUGAGAUGUCAGCAAGAAGGAGUGGAGCAGGUGUUGGAGUUCUAGAUGGAAUACUCUAUGCUGUUGGUGGGCACGAUGGACCACUGGUGAGAAAGAGCGUGGAGGCGUACAAUCCUGAGACAAAUCAGUGGUCCUCCAUCGCGGAUAUGGCACUGUGCAGGAGAAAUGCUGGUGUUGUGACCCUCAACAAUCAGUUGUACGUCGUGGGUGGUGACGAUGGAAUGUCGAAUCUGUCAUCAGUGGAGGUUUAUUCUCCGAGGACAAACACCUGGACAACUCUACCCAGUUCGAUGUCAAUUGGUCGAAGUUAUGCUGGUGUUGCCAUAAUCGACAAACCCCAGACAGCCCCCACGUCGAUAUGAGGUUUGCAAACCGCUGG